GCUCUGAUAAUUCGAAAUCAGUUCCGAAAUGCAUUACCUUGCACUCGCUUGGCUCUUCACCAUCGCUUCUUUGUGCCAAGCUCUUCCUGCUCCUGACAUCCUGGAGGACGACAUCAUAAUCCUCCCAGAACAGCAGCAAUUUUUUGAAGGAUACCCGGAAUCUCGUGUUGUAAAAUCGAGGUCUCAGUAUUAUUGGAGAGGAAGCACCUUGGUCUAUAGCUUUGGCGGGGGGUUGUCUUCCUUGGACGCAGCCCGAGUUGAAAGUGCCAUGGCAGAGAUAUCGUCUCAGACCUGUGUGAAAUUUCGUAGAACGGAAAACCGACGAGAGCCACAGGUGGUGAUUCAAAGGCAGGGUUCUGGUUGCUGGUCCUAUGUGGGAUACUUGGGGCGGACAGACCAGGCUUUAAACCUGGGCAGGGGCUGCAUGUCCAGUGGAACCAUACAGCACGAACUCCUUCAUGCCUUGGCCUUCUACCACACCCAGAGCGACCCGCAAAGGGAUAAUUAUAUAAGGAUCCACACGGAAAACAUAAAAUCCGGCCAUGAACAGAACUUCAAAAGACUUAGGGCUAAUGGUGUGACUAACUUUGGCCUGGGCUACGACUACGACAGUAUCAUGCAUUAUGGACCAUUUGCAUUCUCCAAGAACGGGAAGCCAACUAUUGUUCCUCGCAGGGCAGAUGCAAGGAUUGGACAAGCCAAUAAACUGAGUCCUAGGGAUGUGGAAGCGCUUAAUAGGAUGUACUGCUGAUAAUCUUCAGAUAAUUAAAUUGAGAGGCUUAAAAAAUAUAUAUUUUUAAGAUCCCAAUUAAAUCACAUUGUAUUAUA